AUGGCGCCUCGAGUGGGUUCAAGUGGCCUUUGUAGCUGGUUUAACAGCCUGUCCCUGAGCCGAGUCGGCUCCCAGCCGUCGAGGACGGUGACAACGAAGAGCAAUGUACGAAGACGACGAGACCCGUUUGCAAUGGCACAGGCACGCCAACGGAAAGCAGCAAAUAUAUCUCGCCAGCGCGAAUUGACCCAGCAGCGUACCACAGCCUUUGGCGAUCCGGUGGCCAGCGAGAAGACACCAAUGAUCGAAGCCAUGCUCAACCCAUCGCUCUACCCCACGCUGGGGUCCAAGGGAGUCCAUGUCCCACCCAACGACGAGCAGUCUAGCUAUGUGAACUUUUGUAUCUCCAAGAACGACCUUGCGUCCGCGCUGGAGAAGUCAAAGCAGCUCACACGACCCGUCCCACCAAUCGAUGGCAGCACAUUCGAUCCCCAAGAGGCAGACGAAGCCCUCAAAAAACAUGAAGAAGACCACAAGACCGCCGAAGAGGCCGUCCGUCGAAUUUUAGCAAUGAAGAAUGGCAGCACUCGAAACCGAACAAAGCUGAACAUCCAGCGAUCAAUCGAUAUACUUGGACGUCACAAUACGGAUAGAGUACUGCCUCCCAAGCCCGCUGUCGCUGGUCAAGAUCCCGCAAGUCUGGAGGCAUCUACUAAGCGGCCGCGUGCUGGACCAGACACAGGGUCUCCCGAGGUACAGGUGGCCAUCCUGACAUCCAAGAUACUGGUGCUGGCCGAGCAGUUGAAGACGACCUCGCACAAAGAUAAGCACAACAAACGUCGACUACGACUAUACGUGCACAGAAGACAGAAACUGCUCAGCUACCUGCGGAGGAAGGAGAGAGGAGGACCCAGGUGGCAGAACCUGAUGCAGACGCUUGGGCUGAGCGAUGCAGCGUGGAAGGGUGAGAUUACCUUACGAUGA